AUGUACACAUCACGUACCACACAUGUCCACAGGUUUAUGUCCCUUGUUGAGGAGCUCCGGCAGCUGCAGCGUGAAGCCGAAUCGAACGAUGGUCGUAUACAGAGGCUGCUAAAUGAGCUGCGUCUACUUGACGUCAAACUAGAGGCAAAGCGAGACGCAAAGAAAAGAUAUGCUGCGGAGGCGCAGGAGGAAAUAAGCCGACUGGAGAAAGAUAUUGCAUCAUUCAAGGAGCUUUGGCGGUCUGUCACCACGGCCGCCGCAAAGCACCUCGUAUCGUCACCGUCCGCGUCGUUGUCAACGUUUCAUUACUCGUCUACCAUGUCGCGGGACCGUUCGGAGAACACCGGCAACGAUCUUGAACGACAGUGCGAGCAGCUGGCCGAAUUGCGGGCCCAACGGCAAGGACUCGAGGAGUUAUUGCGGCGUGCCACAGUGUGUUACCAGCAUUAUAGGAUUACCGACCUCUUUGACAUAAACAAUGAUUUGGAGCGUGUCGCGUUGGCGAGACUCACGAAUACCACGUGA